ACACUGAAACCUACAUCCCCUAGAGCUUUUCUAUUCAUUACAGCAAUUUAACUUUCAUAGGAACAUGGGAAUUUGGGAAUAUACUCUUUAUUUUACCACCACAACCUGCCUAUGGAGUGUGUCACUUCAGGGAGAGCAGCAGAGGAGACUCUACAGAGACUUGAUGAAAGACUAUAACCCACUGGAGAGACCUGUGUUCAAUGACACACACUCACUCACUGUGUAUUUCAGCUUCAGUCUCAUGCAGAUUAUGGAUGUGGAUGAGAAGAAUCAAGUACUUAAAACCAACAUCUGGUUGCAGCUGUACUGGUAUGACUACUAUCUUCAUUGGAACAUGUCUGAAUAUCCCGGAGUGACGAAUGUACGAUUUCCUGACAGUCAGAUCUGGAAGCCUGACAUCUUACUGUAUAACAGUGCUGAUGAAAGGUUUGAUGCCACAUUUCAUACUAAUGUGCUGGUGAAUUCCUCUGGUGCCUGCCAAUACCUACCACCAGGGAUAUUCAAAAGCACCUGCUACAUCGAUGUCCGCUGGUUCCCCUUUGAUCUUCAGAGGUGUGAUUUGAAGUUUGGCUCCUGGACGUAUGGGGGAUGGUCUCUGGACCUGCAGAUGAUUGAUGCUGACAUCACAGGAUAUAUUGCAAAUGGAGAGUGGGACCUUGUGGAGGUUCCAGGUCGAAGGAAUGAGAAAUUCUAUGACUGCUGCAAGGAGCCGUACCCAGAUGUGACUUUCACGGUGGUGAUGCGGAGACGGACGCUAUACUAUGGUCUAAAUCUGCUUAUCCCCUGUGUGCUCAUCUCUACUCUGGCCCUGCUGGUCUUCCUGCUGCCUGCUGACUCAGGCGAGAAGAUCUCUCUUGGGAUCACAGUCCUGCUCUCUCUGACAGUUUUCAUGCUUCUGGUAGCAGAGAUAAUGCCCGCAACAUCAGACUCUGUGCCUUUAAUAGCUCAGUAUUUUGCCACCACCAUGGUUAUUGUUGGCCUGUCUGUGAUAGCCACAGUCUGGGUAUUACAAUACCACUACCAUGACCCGGAUGGAGGAACAAUGCCAAAAUGGACCCGUGUGGUGCUGUUGAACUGGUGCGCGUGGUUCCUGCGGAUGAAGAGGCCUGGAGAGGACAGAGUUCGCUCAGCGUGUCACAAUAAGCAGCCGCGCAGCAGCUUCUCCAGCGUGGAUCUGAACAUCAGCACCGGAGCCGCGCAGUCCACCAAUGGAAACCUGCUGUACAUCGGCUUCCGUGGAAUGGAUGCUAUUCACUAUGCCACUUCACCCGAUUCGGGGGUGAUCUGCAGCCGGCUCGUCGCCACAGGUGAGGAGGAUGUGCUGCUCCCUGGGGCUCAGGCGUCUUCCGUUAGUAGCGGCCCUGGAGAAAGUGAACUGUCCAAAAUCUUGGAUGAAGUUCGGUACAUCGCCAAACGCUUCCGGGACCAAGACGAGGAGGAGAGUAUGUGUAAUGAGUGGAAGUUUGCAGCAUCUGUCAUUGACCGUCUUUGUCUCAUGGCCUUUUCUCUGUUCACCAUCCUCUGCACCAUUGGUAUCUUAAUGUCUGCCCCUAAUUUUGUAGAGGCCAUUUCCAAAGAUUUCUUUACCUGA